UUCUUUGUUUUCGAUGCUGAUGGAUAUUAUUACAUCAACAUCCAGUUCUGCGCAUGCGGCUUCCGCGCUCAUCGCGAGCAGCUCCUGGAAUCUGGGUGGUAUCCCGCCUCUGUGGAACGGCCGAGGACGGCGUUCACAUUUUGUUUUCUUGACACCUUCCAUCAGCUAACUCUGCAGGGCAAGAUAACGUUGCAUGACUUCUACUCGAGUGUCGUCCAGUGGACCAAUAACACGGGAAUUUUUCCUCCCAUUGUGCGUGAUCGGAACUCAGACUAA